AGUAUGUAUAGAAUUCAAUGGUCCCUGUAUGUUGUAUUUCGUCGAUAUGACAGGUUUUGUAACCUAAAUAGUCGUCAACUUUAACUAUUAAUAUCUCGCUUCGCGGGGCAGAGCGACACUUUUUUUUGCUAUACUGUUUAGUUUUGUGCAAAAACGCGUCGAAUGAGCAUAAUUUUAUCGAUAUUUGAGGUGGGGCCGCUAAACUGAACAAUUACCGUAGUUUUUUUCGCACAAUUAUAUUUUGCAUAAUCGAGUCGAUCGACGAGACGCAUUACAUUAGUAUUGUAAUUACACGAAAGUUGUGUUUUUUGCGAAAACAAAAUGACGAAGAGCGAAAGAAAAACGGAAGCGACGGGCGUGCGGAAUGUUUUUAUUACUUCUCUUAUUGCAGGAGGAACCGCAGGAACAUUUGUGGAUAUUACGUUAUUCCCACUAGAUACAUUGAAAACUCGAUUGCAGAGUGCGCAAGGAUUUUUGAAUGCUGGAGGUUUCACAGGUCUUUACAGAGGGAUUUAUCCAGUUAUAAUUGGUUCAGCACCAACAGCUGCUCUAUUCUUUUUAACAUAUGAAGAAAUUAAAACUAUAAUGCAGCCAAAAGUUUCCACAAAGUACUAUACAGUACUUCACAUGGGAGCAGCAACAUUAGGAGAAAUGAUAGCAUGUUUAAUACGAGUUCCAGUGGAGGUCAUAAAGCAGAGAAAACAGGCACUGAUACACGACAAGGAAUCACUUGGUCUUAAGUUAUUGUACCGUGGGUAUUGGAGUACAGUGUUACGAGAUACACCUUUUAGUAUUGUACAGUUUCCAUUAUGGGAAUAUUUGAAGAAACUGUACAGUUUCCACAUCAGGAGAGAAAUAUAUCCAGUGGAAAGUGCAAUCUGUGGUGCAAUUUCAGGAAGCAUCUCUGCAACUGUUACAACUCCAUUGGAUGUUGCAAAAACGAGGAUAAUGCUCGCUAACAGAACAAUGCUUUCAUCACAACUGACAAUCCUAAAUAUACUUCAUGACAUAUAUAUAGAAAAUGGUUUUCAGAAUCCAGCGGAUUUGUACGGUGAUAUACAGACUGUUAUUAACAGUAUGCAGAUAUUAAAAAUUCCUGGAACUAACGGUAAAGUCUAUAAAUUUGCGAUCAGAUAUCUGAUGUCUUUCAAUCCAAUUUAA